UGCAAAGACUGAAGUGGGUGUCCAAAAUAAAGCUUUAUUUUAGCGAAUGUUAAUUGCUGCUGCUGCUGUGUGCAAUAUAGUGAACAGAGGGGGUUCUGCUCUGGUGCUGACAGUGGAUAUAACCAGUUUAUCUCAGUAUGAGUCGUUUUUUGAACCUGCUGCGGAGCUGGCUGGUCAUGGUGUCCGUCAUCGCUGUGGGGAACACGGUGCAGAGCUUCCGUGACCACAGCUUUCUCUCCGAGAAACUUUACACAGGAACACCGGACUAUGUAAAUGGCCUUCAGGCAAGAACUUUUGGGAUCUGGACCUUACUGUCAUCCAUCAUUCGCUGUGCCUGUGCCAUAGACAUUCAGAACAGAACGCUUUACCAUAUAACCUUGUGGACAUUUUUUCUGGCUCUUGGCCACUUCUUAUCUGAAGCCUUUAUCUAUAAAACAGCCGCACUUACCAUUGGAGUCAUGGCUCCUCUCUUUGUGGCAGGUUUUUCUAUUGUGGCCAUGCUGAUUGGGUUCCAAUGUAUGGCAGAGCCACAGGAAGUGAGUGGAGCGAGGCAGAAGAAGAGGAACUGAAUGUAAGCCUCAUUAACUUAGAGGAGAGAGUAGUGGAUGGGUGCAUCGCUGUUAUCUGAAGACUUAAACAGCAAAACUAGACAGAACCUCAGGAAGUCCAGGCUGUUCCAGGUUUACAUUGACCACUGUGUGGUCUAGACUGCACAUAGUGCAUUACUGCUGAUGAUUUGUACCUCUUGAAAUAAGACAUAAUGAGAAGUGAUGUCAGUAUUCUCAGCCUGAGCAUUGACCUUAAGAUUUUUAAUGUUCCUUUAUGUUAUGUGUAUAUGUUUAAUUAUUGCCUCAUACAGUCAAACAAGCAAAAUCUAUCGAUUGUCACAAUUACUCAGUAUGUCAAAUAUAAUAAGUAAUGUAAAAUAUUUUAUCUAAUAUAAAGAGAAAAACGGGGGCAUUACUGAAACUCAAAAAUCUUUAGCAGUGCUUUUGUUAAAUCAGAAAAUGUACAGUGCCUGUAAUAUUUGCAUGUAUAUUUUAAUGGCAUGCAGUCAGUAAGUGCCCUUCAGUGCCUUUUGUAUGUAAUCAGCAUGGAGGGAAUGUAUAAAUGUGAAAAAGGGUGAAAGUUUUGGCAGUUUAUUAGUUGCCAUGACUACAUUUGGUAUGUAUGUUAAAACUGUUGAUGUAUACACCAGUUCUGUAAAAUAAAAACUAAUGAAUAUA